CCAAAAUGUGACUUCCGCCUCGGACUUUUCCUCAAUAUCGAGAAAAUAUUUCAGAGAAGAGAAAUUGAGAAAUUAUUUGUGUUGUGUCGUGACGAAAUAAAUUGUUCGCGGAAAGAAGAAAAUUCAUAUAAAAUUUAGAAAAAGCUAAAUAAUUAAGAAUAACAAAGAGUUCGUGUAAAACUGAAAGAAGGAUAUUGUAAAAAUUCUUUGGAGACAAGAUGACCAUUUUACCCAAACCCACAAUUGAUAAAAAGGGCAAUUUUAAGUUGCCAUUACCCCUAGGCCUUGGGUCUUUUGGUAAAGAUCAUAUGGAAAAGUCCUUGUUGGGGAAACAAGCAUAUAUUCCACAUGGUACCAGUGAUGUUGAAUCGGUCAACUACAAUCAACAUCACCCGGCGGCAUUUAGUUGCAUUAAAAAUGGUCUUACCAUUCUGUUAAUAUUGGUAACAAUUCUACUGGGUAUCUUUGGUGGUUACAUUAUCUAUCGAUCAUUUGGCAAUCCUGAUAAUGCAACAAAAUUCCAUUAUCGCACCCUCUGCGACGUGCCAUACGAAGCGGCGAAUAAUGACAAACUAUUUGCACCACGUUUCUAUCCCCAGCCCGAUGAAAUGGAUUUCAAUUGGCUAUUGCCCCAUUUGAGUGGAGUUCGUGGCAUGCCAUUGGAUGAUAGUAAUUUCUUUCGUGAAGAAAUCGAAAUGGAUUUAAGUGAUGACGAAAGUUAUACCAAAAUUAAUGUGCCCGAUUUUAAAGAUGGACGUCAUGGACGUUUUAUGCAUGAUUUCAAGGAAAAUCAAUCGGCGAUCAUUGAUGCUACAGCCAAACGUUGUUUCAUUAUGCCUUUGGAUCGUAAUACCACAUUACCGCCCAAGAGUUUCGUUGACUUGAUGGAGAAAAUGGGCUCAGGAUAUUAUAACAUUGAUACGGAUCGUGUGCGCCGUAACAUGCGUGUGGUAUUACCGCCAAUUAGCGAUUUGACAUUGAUCUCGGAACGUAUUGCCAAUGAGUGUUACGACAUGAAAGUGUAUAUGUUGGAGAAUUACGUAUCUGGAGUUUUCAAACGCGAGGCAAAACCAAUCUCAUCGAAUGGCAAAUUUGCCGAAUAUUCCGGUAAAGGUGUGGUAGAAUUUGAUCUUGUUAAUAUUGCCGACAUUGAAGAAUACGAACGACAACAUCCGAAAUAAGGAUAUUUUAUUUGAAUCAAAUCGUCGUUAUCAAUUAUAUCAACAUAUGACAACAGAAGUAAAUAUAGAAAAUUACAAUUAUAUAUUUGUAAUCUUAACUAAACAAAGAACAUAGAAAAGAAGCAAAACAAACAGAUAAAUAUGAUCUCGUACCCAGGGGCGAGUGUCUUUUCAAAUUUUUUUUUCAGUAGUUUGUAGAUUUCCUAAUUGUAAUUAAAUAAAUCAUGAUCUGGAUAAUAUUUGAUUUUUUGUAAACAGAAAAAAAUGUGUAGCAUAGCACUGCCUAUCAGAAAUGAUUAAACAAUUAAAUAUGAAGAUAAUGAAUUGGAAUUUCGCAAAUGUAUAAAUUGUUUAAACAUUUCUGAAAUGGUUCUCCUUUUUUUAGUAUAUUCUUACAAAUUUAACUUUGGUCGAUUUAUUUUAAUUGUAUUAUAUCAAAAGAAUUUUAAUGAACACACAAAUUUUGGUGCAAAUAAAUGGUAUUCUUUGAUGCUAUAAAAUAUAUUUUUAUUGUUACACAUUUCGUUUUGAAAACGGUGGCCUAGUAGUUUGUAACGGCUUUCAAGCUUGCCGGAACAUUUACAAACAACUCCACUAUGUCUUUGAGAAUAAUGUUUACAUUCCCCCUUUAUUCCGUUAAUUUUAAACAAUAAAUUUCUUUUUCUGUAAUGCACACAAUAAAGAUAUUCAAAAACACUCUGGUACCUUUAAACAAAAAAUAAAAGACAAAAAUAAUAUUGAA